AUGAACUAAUAAUAAUAGGAAGUAUAAGCCGAGAAACCUGGCUUUUGGCAAAAUGUUAAGAAAGGAACCUAUUUAGGUGGAAUUGUGGCAGGCACAGGCACUGUUUUAACUAAGGCUGGAUUGGCAAUUUAUGGUUUCUCUUCGAUUGGACCAGUUGCAGGAAGUAUUGCUGCUGCCACAUAAGCUAGCAUUGGAAGUGUAGCAGCAGGAAGUGCAUUUGCUAUAGCUUAAGGAGUAGCAAUGUCAGGAUUAGGAGUCAUUGCAUUACCAGCUGUUGGAGUGGGAGCAGCAGUUGGAGGAGGAUAUGUUGCUUAUAAACAUCUAAAAAAAUGAACUUAUAUUUUUAUGUUUAAAUUUAUGUAAGAUACUAUUAA